AUGGCGAAAGACGAAAAUCAAAUUGAGGUUCAUGCGCCAGAGCAAGACGCAGAUCUUUGCAAAGAGGAAAAGAAGCCAGUGGUGAGCUCGUCUACCCAGGCGCCGAAACGUUCGCUUUGGCUCGCGUGGUUGUAUAUCUUCGAUUGGUACCCCAGCCACUACUCGAAGGAGGAGAAGAAACUUGUGCGAAAGCUCGAUGGAAUUCUCUUAACGCUUUGUUGUCUGUGCUUUUAUAUCAAAUGGCUUGAUCAGAAUGCCUUGAACAGCGCAUAUGUAUCCGGCAUGGAAGAGGAGUUGAACAUCAAGGGAAACGAAUAUUCGCUCUUCGGUACCUUUUACAAUAUCGGAUACCUUGUUUUCGAGAUUCCUAGUAUGAUGAUCAUUUCACGACCGAAUCUCGCUCGCUACUACAUUCCUACCAUGGAGACACUCUGGUCUAUACUCACCUUUACACAAUGCCGAUUGCAGAACACGUCGCAAAUAUUUGGUCUGCGAUUCUUGCUCGGUGUUUUGGAAACCCCCGCGGCAACUGGCAGCAUCUACCUUCUUACUUCCUGGUAUCGGCCGGAUGAGAUGUUCAAGCGCGCUGGCGUGUGGUACGUUUCCAGUAACGUCGGUGCCAUGUUCAGUGGAUAUUUGCAGGCAGCGGCCUACACCAACCUUAGUGGCGUUGGCGGGAUGUCAGGAUGGAGAUGGCUCUUUAUCAUCGAUGGAAGCAUCAGCCUGCCUAUUUCCAUUGCCGGUUUCUUCCUUUUCCCGGGUCUCCCAACAAGCCCCAAGGUCUGGUGGCUCACGGAAGACGAGAAGAAGCUAGCCAUCGCCCGCAAGGAGGCUGACGGAUUCAAGAAGAGUGGCAAGAUCGGCAAGCGCAUGCUCAAGAGAGUCUUCACCCACUGGCAUUUUUACAUCGCAGUCUUCACCUAUGUCUGCUUCCAAUGUACAUCAUAUGUCGGAGGUCAAAUGGCCUUGUGGCUCAAAGAUGAAGCCAAGCGACACGGAACAUACACCGUUGAGCAAAUCAAUCUCAUUCCAACGGGCGUUCAAGGCGUUGCCAUCGUCACUGGCGUUCUAGUUACUAGUUUAGUCAUGAUCUAUCCAAUGUGGAUCGUCUUCUCUGUCGUAACGGCCGUUCUUCUAUUCGCCAACGUCUGUCUUCUCGUGUGGGAAAUUCCUCUUGGCCUGCAUUUCUUCGCUUAUUACUGCUUGGGACUGACGUCCUGUGUGACUCCGAUCCUCUUCCCCUGGGUCAACUUGAUAAUGAAGGAUGACAAUGAGGCACGAAGCUUCACGACCGGAGCCAUGAUGACGAUUGGAUGGGCGUUCUUCAGCUUCUAUCCAAUUACAGUAUUCCCAAGACUGGAAGCCCCCAAGUGGCGCAAAGGUUUCACCGUCAACACAGCUCUCAUUUGCUGCUACUGGAUCCUCUUCUUGAUUGGUCAGUUUCUAUGGAGGAGGGAACUUGCAUCGAAGAAGUACGACAUCAAUGCAACCAGCGAAGAGGCUUUGGAUGAUAAGACCGAGGCGGUUCAUGUUGAGGUAUCGAAGGAGACGAAAGUUUGAUGGACUUAAUCUACAUCUAUUAAGUAGCACUCUUCUGGCAAUUAUGAUCAAUGCGGCAUCAGGCUCGAGGCUUUACUCCUGAAUUGGGGGUUCAGCAAGAGUUAUCAC